AUAUCUAUGGUCUUGACUCAGUUAGCCGGAAGUAUAACCUAUUUACCAAGGAAAUAUUUCCGCAUGGGCGUGCGUGGUUUGAUGCAGCCACGGAGGGAGGUGGCAGUUUGUUUAUGAAUUGCCUUUCCUUGUGUUAUUAUCGCGUUUUAAUAAAAACAUUUCACAAUGGCAGAGGACGUUCAGAAACACUCCGUGCACACGCUGGUGUUCAGGUCGCUCAAGAGAACGCAUGACAUGUUCGUGGCAGAUCAUGCCAAGCCGAUAGCCAUUGACGAGGGAAGUCAUAAACUGAAGAUGACAGUCAAGCUGCGUGCGGAGUAUGGUGGUGUUCUGCACAUGCCCGUUCUUAAAGAGGGGAAGGAGAAAGCCAAGCAACAGAUGACUGACCCCUACAGCCAGCAGGGGUACCCAGCACACUCAGAUCUGGAUCCAGAGUAUCUCAUCACUGGAACACAUCAUUAUCCAUCAGGCCCUGGGGUAGCUCUGACGGCCGACACACAGAUGCAGAAGAUGCCCAGUGAAGGUGGAGUUCAGUCACUGGCGCUAGCACUGCCUCCAUCACAAGCAAGGCAGGAUACCACUCGCACUGCAGCCAGUGUAGCGGACAUUCACAGACAUGCUGGGAGUGCGGACAGGUCACAGCCUCCUCUCCAUGCUAUGUCCCUCACGGAGGCAGGAGGGACUAAGAACGUGUCGCUGGUGAGGAAAGCUCCGACCAUGCCCAAGCCACAGUGGCACCCGCCGUGGAAACUGUACCGGGUCAUCAGUGGUCAUUUAGGGUGGGUGAGAUCCAUCGCGGUAGAGCCAGGGAACCAGUGGUUUGUCACCGGGUCAGCCGACAGGACCAUAAAGAUCUGGGACCUGGCGAGUGGGAAGCUCAAGCUCUCUCUCACGGGACACAUCAGCACGGUGCGGGGCGUGGCCGUCAGCUCCCGCAGCCCCUAUCUCUUCUCCUGCGGGGAGGACAAGCAGGUCAAGUGCUGGGACCUGGAGUACAACAAGGUGAUCCGCCACUACCACGGCCACCUCAGCGCGGUGUACGACCUGGACCUGCACCCCACCAUCGACGUCCUGGUGACCUGCAGCAGAGACUCCACCACCAGGGUUUGGGACAUCCGGACCAAGGCUAACGUGCACACGCUGUCCGGACACACCAACACGGUGGCCACGGUCAAGUGCCAGGCCGCGGAACCUCAGGUCAUCACAGGCAGCCACGAUACCACCAUCAGAAUGUGGGAUCUCGUCGCCGGGAAGACCAGAGCCACGCUGACCAAUCACAAGAAGUCUGUCAGAGCCCUUGUUCUGCACCCCCGUCAAUACACCUUCGCCUCCGGUUCCCCAGACAACAUUAAGCAGUGGAAGUUCCCGGAUGGAAGCUUCAUCCAGAACCUUUCCGGCCACAACGCUAUCAUCAACACACUGGCAGUCAACUCAGACGGCGUUCUGGUAUCGGGAGCCGACAACGGCACCAUCCACAUGUGGGACUGGAGGACCGGCUACAACUUCCAGCGGAACGCGCGUGCAGCGGCUCCUGACAGCGAUCGGCAUCUUGCCUGCCUUUUUGACCAAUCGGAGAGCAGGCUGAUCACCGCCGAGGCCGACAAGACCAUCAAGGUGUACAGAGAGGACGACACUGCGACUGAAGAAACCCAUCCAGUUAAUUGGAAACCGGAGAUUGUGAAGAGGAAGAGAUUCUAAAGCUGAAGAGUCUGUUUUUGUUUUGUUGUCGACGUCAUUGUUUUUACCUUUUUGGAAAUUGUCCCUGCUUUUGUUUCGCUAAAUAUUCUGGAUGCUUCCGCUGUACAGGUCCCCGAAUAAACAAUUUCCAUUUCCUUCCCAUGAAAUAUUUGAAAGCUUAUGUUAUCUGUACUGGCCAAUCUCCAACCCCCCAAAAAAACCAACAAAAUACGCAUCGUAAAUUGGUGAGCUGGUGUCACAGGUGCACAGUGACAUUGUUCUGACCAGCUGAGACCCUCCAAUCCUUGGCCAAUGCUAGAACCACUUGUGCAUCUCUUGGCAGGGCAGCCAACCACAGUUGGCACUGGUGCAGUCCAGAUUCAGUGCCACACUGUGAUGUCCUUCCAUGCACUAGAUCAGUGCCUUAGCAGAUUCGGCCACCCAGCGGCCUGGAACAAAUUGUACUUUAAAUGAGACCAUUAAUUUAGGUAAUUUAUUCACUGUCUUAUUAAUGUUUAAUUUAAAGAUAAUUUAUGCAUGCAAUAAAAAUAGUUUUUUUGUUUUUAGCUUUUAUCAGUAAGUGGUUAUGUCAAAAUGUGAACAAUCACAAGCUUUCAAAGUAUUGCCAAGAGAUUGCAAUAAAGACUGCUUUGAAUCAAAUGUA